CUGUGGGAUUACUGAGCUCGGCAACUGAAAAUUGACCACAAAGAUGGAUGGUUUUGGCGAUGCCAAUGCACCGCCAAACUACCAGGCUGUUAAGCCAAUUGCUGACUUCUUCGUCGUCCUCAUGGGAGCCGGCUGGGCGAUUAACUACUUUGCGAUGGUGCACAAGUCAUUUCAAGAUCAAUCCUACGCAAUGGCAAUCAUGCCCCUGUGCUGCAACAUGGCAUGGGAAGUGGUCUACGGGCUGAUAUAUCCGUCUCCCAACCCGCUCGAAAUGGGUCUCUUCCUGAUCGCUGUCGCCAUCGACUUCGCAGUCAUCUACGCCGCGAUUCGGUUUUCCCCAAACGAGUGGACACACGCGCCGCUGGUGAGAGAUAACCUCCCUUGGAUCUUCCUCUUUGGGAUCGUGGGCUUCAUCACAGGUCACCUCGCACUCGCAGCCGAGGUCGGUCCUGCUCUUGCCUACACUUACGGUGCGGCUCUCUGCCAGCUGCUGUUGAGUCUUGGGGCCAUUUGCCAGCUUCUGUGCCGCUGCAGUACUCGUGGGGCUUCCUUCACUCUAUGGUUGUCUCGAUUCCUUGGAACCGUUAGCGCCACAAUUUUCAUAGUCUUGCGGUGGUGGUAUUGGCCCGAGUCCUUUGACUGGUUAAAUAGUCCGCUCUUGCUGUGGAGCUUUGGAGCCUGGCUCCUACUAGAUCCGCUGUACAUCGUAUGCUACUGGCAUGUGAAACAGUAUGAACAGCGUCUGGGCGCGAAAUACUUGGAGAAGGGUAAGUGAUCCAUUGAAUGGGGCGGAGUGGCAAAAAGGGAGUGGAUUUAUUAGCUAGGUUCAAUGAUGGUCGGGGUC